AUGCUAAUUGCGCUUAAUGGAGGCAACACUCAGCCUCCAACUUUUUCAAUGACUCAGCCUGAUCAGACUUUAGUGGUCUGUGUAAUCUGGACUGGACUAAUCAACCACCCACACCAGCAAUCACCCAUGAGUCAGAUCGUUUCACUCCACACAUCUGGCAUGGCCAUCAACCGCAGAUUGAAAGCUUCAAAGUUACCACAGAUUGCGCCGUUUCGUAGAGUUUACGGUCCAGAAAUCUUGAUCCAGGUUCCACCAGUGCUCGGCCAACUUUCCAACCAAGAACAUAGUAAGUGGGUCUAA